AUGAAAUCCAAUCUGAUUUCUGCUGCUCUUGUUCUCUGCAUUGCUACUCUUGCUUCAGUUCAUGCAUCCCCAAAUCCUUCUUGUAGGCAAUAUAUCAAUGAGCGGAAAAUUUGUAAUGAAAAUGCUGACAACAUUUCCAAAAAGGAUUGCAUAUGUAAUUCUGAAAAAUUAUUCACUUUAUAUAGUGAAUGCCAUGGAUCUGACGAUCCUGAGCAAUUCUUCAUAAACGAACUCUGUAACAUUGAUUCCAACCGUAAAAAAGUCAUUAAUGAUUCUGGUUCUAAUUCUGACGUCUUGAUGAAGAGGAAGGGCGAACCAGUACCAAAAGCACCUAAAGAAGAACAAGAAAAUAAAGAUAAAGAAGCACCCAAAGAACAAGAACAGGACGAUAAAGAUAAAGAAGCACCCAAAGAACAAGAACAAGAACAAGACGAUAAAGAUAAAGAAGCACCCAAAGAACAAGAACAGGACGAUAAAGAUAAAGAAGCACCUAAAGAACAAGAACAAGACGAUAAAGAUAAAGAAGCACCCAAAGAACAAGAACAGGACGAUAAAGAUAAAGAAGCACCCAAAGAACAAGAACAAGAGAAAGACGUUAAAGAUAAAGUUCCAGAAGUUCCUAAAGGUAAAGCAGAUAAAGUUAAAGGCAAAGUUCCAAAAGGAAAAUCUGUCAAAAAGGUUGUCAAAAACAAGAAAAAGGUUACCAUACCUAAGAAAGUAAAGGCCAUUAAACCUAAAGGAAAAGAGCAAAAAAGUAAAAAACCUAAAAAAGUAAAGGCCAUUAAACCUAAAGGAAAAGAGCAAAAAGAUAAAAAACCUAAAAAAGUAAAGGACAUUAAAGCACCUAAAAGAAAAGAACGAAAAGAUAAAAAUCCAAAACAAAAACAAGUCGGUUCAGAAACAGGUUUGGACGCAAACACGGACAUAGGUUCGGACACAGAUUCGGACGCAAUCGCUCACUUAAGUUCAGACACAGAUUCGGACGCAGGUUGGGACGCAAUAGAUUCUAAGUAUAGAAACAUAUAG